AUGAAAUACUCAGGUGGCAUCCACAUAUCCACAACGAUAUUUUUCCAACUUUUAUUCAUCAUGAAAAAGAGGGAGAACCCUGAUCUCCGACGACUCCUUUGUGUGUUCCUACACAUCACUGGCAACAUAUCUCAAAGAUGGAGGCAAAGAGAGACAGAUCGAAGAAACACAACAGGUAAAGGGUAUUUGGCUAUUGCUGUUCGGCCGGAAGGAAGAAAGACGAGAAAGAGAAGGGUCGCCGCCCUUUUCUUGUUGCUGGAGGAUCACCCACCUCUGGUGACUAAGCUAAUUAAUUGCUAUUUAGUGUCAUCUGUGCUUCCACAUCAGCAAAACCUGUAG